AUGACGGUCAAGUCUGAAUCUGGCCUGAAGCUCUUGGCAAUCAAUAUUCUUGGUCGCUUCCUCUUAAAUAGUGACAACAACAUGCGUUAUGUCAGUUCGUGUGAGCCACACAUUUUCUCUUCAACAAACUGGAGCGACGUUGAGGCACAAUCUAAUCACUGAAUGACAGGUUGCGCUGAAUUCCCUCUCCAGUGUCGUGGAUGAUGAUGUUGCUGCCGUGCAACGCCAUCGUAAGUGAACACAAAGAAUGGCGACCAUGAAUUCUUGUCAUGUAGGUGCAAUAAUCUUAGAUUGUCUUAAAGAUCCAGAUAUUUCGAUCCGCCAGAGAGCCCUGGAAUUGACAUACCAGCUUGUUGAUGCUAAUAACAUUGUAGAAUUAGUUAGGGAGUUGCUCAACUACCUCGUGGUGGCACCUCCAGAGCAUCAAAGCCUCCUGUGCAGUCGCGUCUUGAACUGCGCAGCAAUUCCUUCAGGUGUUCAAAAUUGAAAUUUCUUGCACAUUUCAGGUUUCUGCUAUUGUCGAUAAGUCAUUUAGUUGGCUGCGUGAACAGCAGGACGUGACUCAAUUAAUUACUGCGUCAUUCUCACAGGUUUGCACCAGAUCCCAGAUGGAAAGUGGAAACUUUGAUUGCCAUGUUGUCAAUUGCAGGUAAUUGCUGUGAUGUGUUGAUCGCAUGUGCAGCUGUUAGCCACAUAACGCACUCCGAGGCUCUGCAUGGCUUUGCAACGCACAAAUUGUUUCGGCUUCUACAGGAGGAAUUGCCUCGCGUGCAGAUUGCCCUCAUGCAUGUCGCGCUCUGGUGCAUUGGUGAAUUCAGUGAUCGACUCCUUGAGACUUCCAGUAGUGGCGACUUUGGGGACGUAUAUUGCGCCGUGUCUCUUUCUGACAUUUUGGGACUUAUCAAGGCAGUCUUGAAGUCCCACCUUGCUACUACUCUUACAAGAUCUUAUGCCACCACUGCUCUAAUGAAGAUUGUGUGUCGGUUGCAACAAGGGCAGGCGGAAUGCAAAGGCCUUUUGGGGUCUUUCACAGAGAAUCUAAUUCACAAUCAAAUAUUAAAAGGACGUUAAGACAGGCAACACAGGUACUUUGUGACUUCCUUGUCACUUGAGCUUCAGCAGCGGUCUUGUGAGUAUAUGUCGCUCUUUGAAGACCAACGUCAAGACCUUCAACGACAAGCUCUCGCAAGAAUGCCAGCAAUGAAGACUGCGCCAUUCCGUUUGUCCCUGAGCCCGCUGAUUUGUAUUUCACGAAAGCAUUUUAGUACCAGCCAUCAGGUAAUGACAAGGAGAGUAUGGAUCGUUCCUGCUGUGAGAACAUGACAGGAGAGACUGCAGGAUCAUGCGUUGAUCACGCACCAACGGAUCUCCUUGAUCUUGAUUGGAAAGACAUUGGACAAAGAAGCCAAAAACACGCCAAUGAUGCGGAUACAUCAACACGCAAUGUUGACUUAUUCGAUGACAUAUUUGUUGAGAAAAAUCCAGCUGCACAACCAGAAAACGCUGUUGAAGAGCAAACACAAACACACGCAAGCUUCAAGGCAUUUGAGAAAGGAGGUUUGACACUGACAAUGGCACUAUCUCAAGAUCAGCUUAGCCCAGAAAAGAUGGAGAUCACGUGCAAUUUUUUAAACCACACAAUUACAGAUUUUAAUCACUUCGUGUUCCAAGCGGCGGUACCAAAAUAUGUUUUUAUGGAACUGAAACCUCCCUCAGCCACGACCAUCCCUGCAAACAGCAACUGGAUUGUAACCCAAGUAAUUAAGGUAUUUUUCUUGGAUUUGAUUAAGAAAGUAAUGGUCAAUCCAUAGGUAAACAACACGGUGUCAUCCAAGCCACUUAUGAUGCGAGUCAAGAUCCAGUACAUGGUACAUUCCGAGUUGAUAUAGCUCGACGAAAUUUUUAGUCAAUCAAAUUAGGUUGGUAAUCGUCAGAUUAUCGAGGAGGCACAAAUUUCUUCAUUUCCCUUGCAGUGAAUACAUAUGCACGCUGAUGCACGCUGCGGCGAGUGGUUCCCCUGGAACAUUGGUAAGUAAAGUUGUCAAGGUUACCACGCGGCUGUUAUAGCUUCCCAAAAAACAAAUUGUGUUUAGCCUAGCAGACCUUCCCCUCAACUCGCAGUCCCUUGACACCCUUCAGCGGGUGGGGGCUAAGCUACAUUAAGCUCGCCGAGCUCAAGCUCGCUGACAAAGACCAAGAAGCUGGCUUAAGACUAUCAAAAAGGGAUGCCUACUGCUUUUCCCCAAGUCACCCGCCCGGGACUAAGGUACUAUCUAGCCAAUCGGUAUCAAGCGCCGCGGAAUCUGAUGAUUCGGUCCGGAGCCCGCGAACUCGUACUACUAGUACCUACUAGUAGUGGCCAAUUGCAGAAGGGGGCGAACACCCACUGGCAACCCCAAAUUUGCCGUAUCUCUAUAACUGAACGUCCCGGCCGCGCGCAAAUUAAGAAUAGGGGGCAUACUUACCCUUACCCUUAUAAGGACGUGACCACAGCGAGUGACCGAGACGAUUAGGUUUGAAAAUUUUAGUGGCCUGCGAAGGUCGCGCCAGUGGCGUUCAAGUUUCGUGCCGCGUCAGGCGACCUAUCUGGCAGCCCAUCGGCCCGGGAAGGGCCGGCACCCACCAUAGGGAUUCGCUCCAUCGUUAGCCUGUACCCGCGGAUUGGGUCGGGGGGACUCGUAGGGCCCUCUGUGCCCGGGGUACCCGGCCGCGUCGUGACCUUCACGGAUUUCAAGACCUGGCCGAACUCGAUGCCCAAUACUACGCAUCCGUCCCACCCACGCCAAUGGUACUCAAGGGCCGCAGGGGGACCAAAUUACCAGCAUAGAAGCGAGUUUUGUUUUUCACUGGCACUCGCUGAAAUACCGCAAGUUGACCAUCAGGCCUCAUCACCGCGAAGUUCACCGCGUCGCCGCGAAAGUGACCCCUCCCCCCAGCCCGGCCUCGGGAUGUACAAAAGGACUCUUCGGGACCCCGCACAAGUGGCUGGGAACUUGAACUCGAAAAUCAAAUUUGGAGUCCACCAGAGACUGGCAGAGUCCGCCCCCUUAAUUGCAGGGGCCUCUAAAGCAGUCCCCUUACUUUACCUCCAUGCUUGUUCGGGCUGUAAUGGAGAAGCGCGACGGUCACGGUCACGGACCCCGGGCCCUCAAUCUUUCCAAAAUUCCCUGCUGGGUUAUUGCGGAAGCGCUGGACGUUUAACCUAGCUGAAAAGUAGGUCGGGUAGGAGGAAGUCAAAACGCAGCCGAGAAUUCAUCAGCAACUUAUGGCAUCUCUCAAUCAAAAACACGCUGAUCAUGUUCCCAUCUAGCUCGGUACGCAGGCUCGUUAUCUGAAAAAUACAUUUGCCCAAAGCCAUGUCGCUCGUCUGCGCGCCACUCUCCGAUGUACUUGACGCCAUUUGGCCACACAUAUUCGCCCUGUCCAUCCAUCAUUCCAAAGUGGUAAUCGCCGACAUAUUUCGACCCAUCCGAGUAGUACAUUAUACCCUGCCCUUCCUUGACAUUAUUUGUGAAGGUUCCCUCGAACCUUGUCUCGUCGCGGUACACAAAGACACCGUAACCAUGUUUAGCCCCCCAUUUGUACUCGCCCUUAUAAUACCUAACCAUUCAGUCCCCGUUCUCUCCGACUCUUAGGUAUGGGGUAAUUCACUCCGCACCGCACGAUCCAUCCGCAAAGAAAUAUUCACCGUAGCCAUGACGCUGACUUUUGCAAAAGGAACCCUCGUACCUAUCAACUAUCAGAUCUGAUAAUUCAAAAAAAAAGAAUACGUGCCGGGAAGAAUCCGCAUGCCAGUAAGUGCCUUUGCCGUCCAUAUGUCCAUCAGCAACUUCACCUGAACCCAAUCGAUCGAUAGCACAAAACUUGUUUCGACCCACCUUCAUAGCGGUCUGGCCGCAGGAACCAAGUGAGCGUCAUCCACUUAGCCCCGCUUUCCGUUGUUGGAUCGCUCGGCGCUCGCAUCUCGUCGAUACCGUGCUGAUGCCGAUCGAGAUACAGAUACUAGAAUACCAGUACGCCGUUCAUAGUACACCGUUCAUAGGGAAACAAAUACAUUAGGCACAGAAUCCCGAGCCUCGCCGGCGGCUGCAGAUCAAGAGCGGCCCCAUCACUUAUCAACUCCAAUGGCGUGUCGGUCUUUCUGAGCGUGGCUGUACUUUUUCAGCUCAAGACCACCCAUUCCUCAAAGUUGGGCCGCCCAUACCCGUUAAUAGCGAUUAAGCUUUAAGUUAUGGUCGUAUGACAUCCUGGUUGGAUACUGCUUCUCUCCUCGACCUCAAUGUCUAUGGAAGCGGGCGUCAAGGCUUCGAUGAGAAGUCGCAUCGACUACACGAGUCUUAUCAUGAACCAGUAAUAGAUCGCGAACACAUUCGUCAUUUUGGAUACACACAUUCGCGAACACAGCGGCGUGCUUGGGCUACACCCGAAAAAUUUAAGGUACAGCAUGAUGAAAAGCGAGUGCAGGGCAUACCGCUUGAUUCUCUAGCAUUACGCAAUAAUUCAAUAGAAACUGCUGCUAGUUAUGAUGAGAUGGCAUAUUCUGCCGCUCGCUUUUCAGGGAAUGCCAGAUGCAGAUCUUUCAAGAAGCAAAACAAGGAGCCUGCAUUUCACCAAAACGCAAUAAGAUAUGCUGCGCUAGAGAGAACAUGUUCAAACCGUGUCCCAGCACGCAUGUGGGGUGCGGCGCUUCGACGAGAAGUGAUCGGUGCAUGGCUGACAGGUGAGGUGCAUGUUGGAUAUGCCGCCGCGGACUUCGGAGUUGACGUUCGGGGCGGAGUUAGUGUCAUUGAUGUAAUAGCAAAUAAAGAUGGGGGGCUCGAGGCCAUUCACGUCGCUGUUGAUCGUCUGCGUGCACGAAGAAUUGUCACCGUAAAAGACUUUUGGCUGAAAAGUACAGAGAGCCUGAUGGUAUCGGCAAUGGCAGCAUGGCCUGAGGGUAUUAUUAUCCACGGUACCUAUGAUGACUUUUUCCUCUCCGCUCACCUUGUGGAAUCCAAGCUCCCAGCUCUUGUUGUGACAAAAACAGCUCAGGGGUUAUCACACAGGGACCUCCCUGUCAGCGUGUGGGCCAACGUGUUCUCCUUUAUCGACAAAUUGCAGCCCGGUGCAUCGGCAUGUGUGGCUGCUGCGAGAGCUAGCGAAUCAAUCUGUGCACAAAGCAUGCAAAGCUUUGCUGUGAGCCAUUUUGUCAGCGAUAUCAGCUGCAUUAAGAGAAACACGCGGGCCGUGUCGCUUUAUACCCCAUCAAAGGAGAUAUUGGGAGAGGGUGCAUUCAAAAAAGUUUAUAAAGUAGGCGAUGAAGCUGUGGCCGUGAUGAACAUCACGGUAUUAUAUAACGAUGUUUGCGCAGCCAAUGAAGUUACCCGGGAGCUCGCAAUUUUAUGUCAUUUGACCAAACUUGUUGCAAGGAGAAUAUGCCCCAAUUUUGUCACAAUAAUUGGUUCAUUUGUGCAAUGCUAUCCGUCGGGAAGUUUGCACAGCCUUGAGAAGACUGGAAGGUCACCGGACACUCGGCUUUGUGUGCGCAUGGGACUCUGCAGCUGUGGUGACAUCGAGAGCUGGUUAAGGAGACAACCUGGCAUGGUGCUACCUACCUGCACUACACUUCGGUUCUUUUUCCAAAUGUGCUUCGCCUUAUAUGCCUCACGUGCAACAUUGGGGCUCCGACAUUAUGACCUCAAACUACUCAAUUUUCUUGUUGCACCGGUGGAAACCAAUAUAUAUGCACGCUAUCACCUUGCCGAUGCAAAAUUCGAUGUUCAAUUGUACCAAGAGGCAGUUGAUGCUUGGAUAAAGCUUACUGAUUUUGGGACCUCGCAUAUGGAAAAAGGAAGCCUUGGCAAGCCCGCCAAAGGUGCUAUAUUUACUACCAUCGAGAAUGUUCCCAUUGAUCUCCUUCUUAGUGGCGACAUUCAGUGCACGCAUACAUAUGCUCAUGAUACGUUCUCUCUUGGCCUCGCGACCCUCCAUCUUUUUGGCGGUGGUGUUCCAUACGAGGAACUGAUGCAUUACUGCACUUGCCCCGACGAUCUCCGCGUAGACCUUGCCGCGGUUUGGUUAGAGAGCAGGGAAGUGUCAUCAUUUAAUAUCCUUGCAAAUCUUGCUAGCGACCAUGAUACAGAUCCCAAACUGACAAGGUAUACUUUAUUUGACACUUUUUACCGUUUUCUUGUUCUUCUUGGCGUCCCUACUAGCAACCAUGAUUCGAUAAGCAAGCUUGGUCCUGCUGCAAAUCGUGUUCUUGAUAUUGUCCGCACACAUCUCAUUGGUAGCAACAAUAAGCCAGAGCACCCUGAGAUAUCAAGUGGCGAGCUCAAGGAUGUACUUUUUCGUAGCCAUAUAAAGUCAAAGCAGCUUUUUGCCAAGCACACGGCAACAUUUAACCUCAAACAGGGAGUACAUCCUGCCAUGGCUCGUUGUCGUAAGCAACUCGGCUCAAAUAUAGAUAUUUUGACGGCAAUGCUCGACUUCGAUCCCCGCCGGCGGCCGACGAUGCGUUCGCUGCUCAUGUCCCCAAUAUUUGACUCCCUAAGAGGCGGCGCCAGCAAAUCUGCCGCUGGCGAUUCCUUGCACUUGUUUGACGCAUUCAAGCGAGACAUAUUUGAAAGGCCCUUGCCGGAUGUCUAAGCGGGACCGCCAUGGCAAUGAUCAAUAUUAUAUGGCUUCCUCCCAACGGCCCGCUCAUACAGCAGAAUGUCGGAUACUUCUGGGGCUGGUGUGCUCAACCACUCGACUACACGGGGUUACAGACCUCCGUAGCGGCCCCAGACCCAAGCAAGGGGUUGUGUGCGAGGUCCCAAGUGGACGAACUACUGCCGGGGGCGGUUUUGGCCUUGGCCUUGCGUCGCGGCGGUCGCCAAGAGACAGUAAUCAAUCUGUUUUCUUAUGAUAAGGCCACAUCCUGGCGCCUCGCACUCUGAUUAGGGGUACCAGACAUCGGGCGCUAGGCUGGCUGGUUUAGGUGUGCUAGAAAAAUACCCCUAUCCUUACCCUAGUAGUCCCUAUUCCCUCCUAGACUAUUAAGAACGCGUAUGAGCACAACCUCUCUCCGUAUUUUAGUACCACGGGGUCUGGCAACUAGGGAAUCAGUGCAAAGCACUGCCGUGCUCCUAGGCACCUCACUGCCUAGUAUUUUUAGCAGGUUAUGGGCCCACGGCCGUUCAACUUUGCGUUGAUACCCUGUUAGACUCCAACACUCUGAAACCCCUCCACCAGCUGGUUGACUCUUGCGGUACGGGAGUCGACGCUCUGCCUGAACUUGGCACCGUCUCCCUACUGGUUGAUUGGUUUCGAAAACGACCUACACUACAGCAGAUAUACAUCGCUGUAACUACAACUCCCCAACAACAUGAGCACUGCUGGAUCAGAAGUAGCUGGGUCAACCUCAACAGCUACAUCUGAGCAACACAGACAAGCUCGUGAAACCCUAGGUUUAUCAGACAAAAGAGAAAACUUCUCCGAUCUGACAUUCCUAUCAAAAUUCCGAACAAACCCAGUGGCAGCUCUAUAUGAAGUGAAUGAUCCAGAAAAAGAUCCAUUCUACACACAAAUAGACUACCUGAAGUAUCCAAAAGAAGCACCACUGCACACCCUAGCUACACAGUUAAAAUACGACAAAUCUAGAGCCUGAGGUGUCAACUACAAUGUAGAGGUACUUGCAUCAGCAAUACAACACCCCUAUGGGGAAGUAUUGCUAAGAUCACCUUCAUACUGUGAUUUCAGAUUUUUCUAUGAAACAAAAUCUCAAUCAUCUUAUUCUGACGCGCUAUACAAUGCCCUAAACGAGUUCGAAGAAUUUGUCGCCAUGCACUUAAUUAAGCGGGUCAAAAUGCUCUUGGACAAAAGCAAAUCAAAAGCACUAAUUGAACUGAGAGAAAAGUAUAAAGAGAUUGCAUACAAAAUUCUGGCUUUUAUCAGAGUAGCACCAAACGAAAUAAAUCUCACUGAGCUCAUAAGGGAAGCAUUCCCCAAUGACACUUCUGUACUUAAAUGCAGUGUGAUCACUCCUGAUCACAAACAAAGCACACAAGCAGAUGAGGAAAGAGCUGACGUAUUUUCAAAGUACGAUGGAUGGGCUUUCUAUGAUGAACAACACAUCUCGAACCCCCCAAUAGACUACAGAAAAUUCCAAGAACUUGCCAAACAAAUGCUAGUAUCUGUGGACCACUCAAGUGAGUCAGCACCAGAAGAGUCAAAGACCCCAAAACACAUCUUCGACCUGAGAUCUAAGGACAAAUACAAUGGCUUCCCCAUCGCAAAAGAAGCUGAUGUUAUCCCCGUUUUGUAUGUACUACUGUGCAACAUAGACUACCUACCUGGGAUAAUCAAGUACCGUGACCUGAAAGAAAGCAGAUCAUUAAAAAGCUUCUGGGUGUCCAAAGAAAACCCCACAGGAUUCUUAGCGAAACUAGAAAGAGCAGAAGGAAUCUCAUAUGGUUUUGAAUACACCAGAUCUGAUGAAUACAGGUCUGCAUUUGUUAACCUCUGUGAAGGGGUUUCUGCACACCAUGCCAAACAUUGUGUAAAAUGGAGAAUUAUGGCAUCUCGCACCCCCAAAGGUUGGUCAAAAACUGAUCUUACAGCCUUUGCUGGCAACAUCUUAGAUCCAGCCUCAUACUCAAAACUAGCCAUGCUGCUCUCAUAUGAGAUCCUCAAAUACACUGAUCUCGAACAAGUAUGGUCUGAGACACCAGCUUUAUCCUGUCGAGAUGAUCUCAUUCAAAUAGCAGAGAACCCAAUGAUCCCCAAUAAGGCAUGGGCCAUGAUUCAGGUCAUGAAGGCAUUCCUUGAGUUUCCCAAGGAUAGGAUAGUUCGACAAGCCGAGAAAAUUUUUGACAGUAUAACAUACAUAAAAACAAUCUGGGCCGAUGAAUUCCUCAAUGCCCUCAAGCACUAUCAAACCCAAGCUAAAAAGUGGGACCACAUCAUUACUGAUGCCACUAUCUUCAAAAAGUUCACAACGCAAUUUAUUGAAGAACACAUUGAUCAUAAUGGUAAGGAUCCCUACGCCCAGCUACUUCAUGAUCUUGCCAAGACAUGGAGGAACAAGCAACAAGGCAUUGACAGACCAGGUACAGACCAUGAAAUGGAACAAGCAUGGAACUCCCCAAGCUCAAUGCUCCGAUAUCUAACAGCAGCUAAAGUCAGAUUUGCAGCUGCAGGACAUAAGAGACUGCAAGCUCCUAAAGAAUGGUUCCACACUGGUUUUGCUACUGACAAACAAAUCAAUCAAGAGAUUAACUAUCAAGCAAACAUUCCUGAUGAGGUACUUCUUGUACAAACACAACGACAAAGAAGACAUAACAGAGAACUUGCUACAAAAUCUCAAGCACAUGAGAAAGCUAGAUCUUACUACUAUGGAACAAUGAAGAAACAUCUGCAAGUAAACCCAGUGAAUCCAAAGGUCACAUUCAAAGAACAUAGUAGUCCCUAUUCCCUCCUAGACUAUUAAGAACGCGUAUGAGCACAACCUCUCUCCGUAUUUUAGUACCACGGGGUCUGGCAACUAGGGAAUCAGUGCAAAGCACUGCCGUGCUCCUAGGCACCUCACUGCCUAGUAUUUUUAGCAAGGUGAGGUCCCCGGUCCUGCGAUAAAUAGGGCGAAAUAGCCCCCCCUAUCCUAUACCCUUCCUAUACACUUUCAUCACCCUUCAACACGCAACGCGUAAUAAACACAGUUAAACCAAAACUACUUAGUGUAUUUAAGGUAGCUCCGCGGCAGACUAUCUCAGCCGCCGUACUCCCAAAGGUGCGUACUCCUUUGGUCUUGCAUUAUUCGCAGGUUAUGGGCCCACGGUCCUAAGAGAUACUCCGCCGUAUUACCUUUUGAAAUCAUCCUAUACAUUCGCGAGUGUCCACACUACACUCGUUGGGAGAGAAAGCCCAGCCGUUUGUUAGCAUUUUAAUAAAAUGAGCAGCCCCCAAGCAAGCACAGUUGUUGGCUCCGAUGACGAAGAGCCAGCACAAGUCCCCUCCCAACAAGGGACUCAAUAUGACGACAGGAAGUUCGUCAAAGAAUUAUUAGAAGCAUGCUCUAAUAAACAGAAGAAGUAUAACUUCGAAGACUACGUCGUUGAAAAAGGACGAGGUCUGGAAGAUGUACACCCGAAAACACGACAAAAGUGUUACGUCAACAGGGACUCGGAAGACUCGGAAGUCCUACAAGGAUGGGUAGGCAAAUCAAGGUAUCGUGGCAGAAGAACUGCCACGCAUAACUUGUUGGUCUUUGAAAGCAUGCUGAGAGGUCAUCACGCAAUAGCAGCAGACUCCGAGUCGGUCCGGCCCGGGCCCGGCGGGGAAGGGGACUGCUCGGAUGGGGGGGGAGGGUCGGGGUGGGGCCCACAGAUUACACGUAUUCCCUUCCUAUGUAGCCCUCCGGACGGCCUUGGACAUCGAAACGGACCCCUGGUAAGCACUUUAAUACCCAACAUCUUAUUUGUUUAUGUAUGCCAUACGUUUUUAAAUCAGUUAUCAGCGGAUACCGCUUGUGAAAAUGGCUACGCAAACAACCGCCACUUAUGCUGCAAUCAAAGAGGGGCGAUACGAGGACGCUGUAGGACACCUUGCUUUGCAACGUCAAGCGUUCCCUCGCUCCCGGGCAGCACUGUCUCUGUUGGGAUUCUGCUACUACCACCAGCAGGACUUCCGAUCUGCCGCACAGACCUACGAGGAACUUGUAAUGAUUUGUCCCAAUAUCGAAGAGUACGUUCAUUCGCAGUCCACGAAGCGUAAACAGAUUUUAGGUACAAGCUCUAUUAUGCACAAGCACUGUACAAGGCGGGACUAUAUGCUGAUGCAAUUCGAGCAGCUCUUCGAGUUGAUGGUCCUCAAUUCGCACAGCAGAUGAUAUCACUUCAGGCAGCUAUCAAGUACGAGCAAGACGAAUUGAGUGGGUGCAAGUCCUUACUUGAUCGAUGUCUCACAGAUGAUCCAGAAACCAUUAUAAAUUAUGCAGCUGUCGCUUUCAAGGAAGGCCAUUACGAGAGUGCACGCGCAAAGUACGUCGAGGCCAUGAAUACUCUAGGCUACCAAGCUGAUUUUGCAUGCAAUGUGGCCUUAUGCUACUACAAGCAGAAGCAAUACGCCGCUGCACUAAAAAGCUUGGCAGAGAUUAUUGAACGUGGUGUGCGCGAGCAUCCGGAAUUGAGCGUCGGAAGCAAUACCGACGGAAUUGAUGUGCGGAGUGUAGGAAAUAGUUCAGUGUUACAAGAGACUUGCCUAGUGGAGGCAUUCAAUCUCAAGGCAGCUAUUGAAUUUCAAGAAGGUAACUUAGAUGCAGCCAAAGAAGCGUUGAGUGACAUGCCACCGCGUCAGGAGGAGGAGCUAGAUGCAGUCACACUGCACAAUCAGGCACUUUUGCACAUGGACGAAGAUCCAUCCACUGGGUUCCGGAAGUUAAACUUCCUUUUGUCAAAUCCUCCUUUCCCGCCCGAGACGUUCGGAAAUUUGCUGCUUUUGCACUGUAAGUUUGGAUAUUACGACUUGGCCGCUGACAUUCUUGCUGAGAAUACCCACCUCACCUAUAAAUUCUUACCCAGUGAGCUCUUUGACUAUCUGGAUGCAUCAAUAAUGGUGCAAACAUCCCCUGAAGAGGCUUAUCGUAAGUAUGACGACCUCACCAAUAAACAUAUAGACCAGCUGCGCAAGUUGACCAAAGCCAUCCAGGAUGCACGAAUUUCUCGUGACAACGAGGCGAUCAAGCAAUCACUAAAGCUCUAUGAUGAAGCUCUUGAACGGUAUAUUCCCGUCCUCAUGGCCAUGGCUCGUGUCUACUGGGACAAAGAGAACUACCCUAUGGUUGAGCGCCUCUUUCGCCAGAGUGCAGAGUUCUGUUCGGAGCACGAAGUGUGGAAGCUCAAUGUCGCGCAUGUAUUUUUUAUGCAGGAAUCUAAGUUUAAAGAGGCGAUCCGUUACUAUGAUCCAAGCGUAAAAAGAAAGUCCGAGGACAUCCUAGAUGUUCCUGCUAUAGUGCUCGCCAAUCUAUGUGUCUCGUACAUUAUGACGUCUCAAAACGAGGAAGCUGAAGAACUAAUGCGAAAGAUUGAAAAGGAAGAAGAACGUCUCGCCUACACCGAACCAGAACGGCUUUGUUACCAUCUUUGCAUCGUCAACCUUGUUAUCGGUACUCUCUACUGCGCCAAAGGAAAUUUUGAAUUUGGUAUUUCUCGGAUUAUAAAGUCGCUCGAACCAUACGACAAAAAGCUUGGACCUGAUACUUGGUACUACUCUAAGCGUUGCUUCCUUGCACUAGCAGAAAAUAUGGCCAAGCACAUGCUCAUGUUGAAGGACACGUCUGUUCAUGAAAUUAUCAGCUUUUUAGAGGCAUGCGACUCGCACGGAACUAAUAUUACAACUGUUAUCACACCAGCCGUGGAUCCGGACGGCAAGCGCCCUGCAGUAGCAACGCACAACGUUUCAUACGAAGCCCGGCAGCUUAAAAAAAUCUUUCUCAAGCUCAGAGAUUAG